AUAACCACUAAACUAUGAAAUAUUGAAACCAAUCAUUUAAGGCACACUACCUUAACACCAUUAAUUCAUCAAAUCUAUGUCUCUAUGACCUCUCUUUCAUGCAAAAAUCCAACUACUACACAAUAACAACACUAGCUCCAGUAGUAGCUCACAUAACUGGCACCAAUUCAGCUACUGUGUUGGAAGAUAAAUGACUCUGCUUAGAGUAUUACGUUUGUGUAUACUCUGUUGUGUUUUGUCAACACUUUGUUUCAUUACUAAAUGCGGCGGUUCAGAUGUAACUGUGAAAUUCUUGAAAGCACCCCAUGCAUUCUCUCACUUGAACUCAGCAACAUUUGCUUUUGAAGUUCUUAAUUCUGGUAGUAACCGUUCUUGCGCAAAUUGCAGCCUCAGUUGUAAGCUUGAUAAUGGGAUCAGAUCAGUUUGUACAAAUGGGAGAGUUACGUACUCAAGCUUGAAGGAUGGAAAUCAUACUUUUGAAGUCUGCACCAAUGGACAUCAAGGACUCUUUGGCUGUGCUAGCCAUAACUGGACUGUUGACACAAUUCCACCAACAGCAUAUGUUACAGCCGCAACAUCUUUCACAAGUUCUUUAAAUGUUUCAGUAAAUAUAUCUUUCAGCGAGCCAUGUAUAGGUGAAGGUUUUAGAUGCAAGUCUGUGAAUGCCUGCAAUCUUCUUGUCUAUGGUGCUGGCCAAGUUAUACCAUCUUCCUUUAAAAUUCUGAAGCCAAACCUCAUGUAUUCUCUUCUUGUUAGUUUAUCCUCUACUGUUCAAUACAGCCGAGCAAUCCUUGUAAUGGAUAAGAAUUUCUGUACUGACAUAGCUGGUAAUAGCUUUACAAGAAUGCCAAAUUCAAGUGUUUAUAUACAUAUUGACAGAAGAAAGGUGUAUGUCAACAUCAGGACUCAUGUACCCGAAAAGCUAGUUCAAAUUAACAGUGAAACUAGAACAGUACAGGCAACUAAUGAUCAUAACAAGCUAAAGGUGUAUCUGUACUUCUCAGCUCCAGUUCUAAAUUCAUCUACAGAAAUCAUGAAUUCUCUCAAAGUUAGCCAGGGUUCACUCCUUCCAACUAGUGCAGAAAAUCUUGGAAAUCGUAGAUUUGGGUUCAUGAUUGCCAAUAUCUCCUCCACUGCUAUAAUCUCGGUUAACUUCAAUUCGAAGUCAAUAAUAACCAGACAAGGGACUCAAGUUUCUCCAAAUGCCCCGGUUAAUUUUCUAUAUGAUUCUAAGAGACCUGCGGUGAUGUUGAGUACACAUAGAAUGAGGACAAAAGAUCACAAUAUUCAAAUAUUAAUUGAAUUUGUCAAGCCUGUUUUUGGAUUCAAUACCUCUUGCAUAUCAAUUUCAGGAGGCUUAUUAAAAAGCUUUCACAAACUAAAAUGGAGCACAUACAUUGUUGAGCUACAAGCAGAUGAUGAUUUUGUAUUUGUCAGUGUUCCAGAGAACGUAACUCAUGAUGUUGCUGGAAACAAAAAUCUAGCUUCCAAUGUUCUACAAGUGAGGCACUACUCGGUACCUCUCAUUUCUUCUGUGAUUUCUGCAUUUGCAACUGCUACUUUUGGGCUGACAUCGAUUGCUGCGGGCCUGCUAACUAUCUCAACUGCAAGCCUUCAAUCUGUUGAUACAUUCACGAGAUCGUCUUCUUUCUUGAUCGUUGAUCCAGCAAGGAAUCUAUUUAGAAUUCUGUGCCAUAUUCAAGUGUUUGCACUAGCUAGAUGGUUAUCAGUUAAGUGGCCAGUUGAAUUUUAUGAAUUUUCAAGGCAUUUGCAAUGGACCAUACCCUCUUUUUCUGUGCCGUGGGAAUCUGGACCUAUGAGCCUGUUCAUGGUAGGAUCUAGUCCUUUUGGAAGCUCUAGUUCCUCCGCUAAAGCUUUGGCAACAAUUCCAAACAUGCUGUUAGGUCAGAAUUUGAAUUACGGUGCUUCAGUGUACGGAUCACCGCUUACUUCUUCAGAGUACCAGCAAUAUUUUGAGAGCACAAAUAUGAAGCCGGAAGCUGAAUAUAUUUUGGAUUCACAGCAUUCCAGUGGAUGGACAGAUUUUUAUAGAACCAUGUUUUGGCUAGCUGUGAUCUGUGGUAGUUUCAUGGUUCUGCAUGGUUUUCUACUCAUUAUCCUCAAAUUUAGGAAGAGAAAUUCUGAAAAGAAUGGAACAUAUGGAGCCCUCGUAUUCCCAAGAUUUGAGAUAUUCCUUUUAUUUCUAGCACUGCCUGGUAUUUGCAAGGCCUCUACUGGUCUUAUCAGAGGAGGAGCACCUGCAGCAAUGGCAGUUGGAAUUAUACUAUUGAUUUUUGUGUCCACUGUGCUUCUCGCAUUGUUCAUGUUCCUAUCAGUUGGAAUCACAUUUGGAAAACUUCUUCAAUACAAGGAAGUUCAUCAUGAAGGUGAGACAUUUCAUUGGUAUCAAGAGCUUAUAAGAGUAACUCUUGGACCAGGUAAAAGAGGCCAAUGGACAUGGAAAGAGAAAGCUAAAUCUGUUUAUCUAACUAUAUUUGGCCCUCUAUUUGAAGACUUAAGAGGUCCUCCAAAGUACAUGCUUUCACAAAUAUCAGGUGGAAGUCAACCAAGUCAAAAUGACCACAUUAUUGUCUCUGAUGAUGAAACAGAAGAUGCAGAAGCACCUUUCAUCCAAAAGCUCUUUGGAAUUCUCAGAAUAUACUUUGUGUUUCUUGAAUCCAUUCGGCGCGUUUCACUCGGAAUUUUGGCUGGUGUCUUCAUUCAUACACGAUCACAAUCGUCUAAGAGUCCAAUCAUUAUUAUGCUAUCUAUAACCUCUUUUAUGCUAUUUUUCAUGGUGCUAAAGAAGCCUUUUAUAAAGAAAAAGGUUCAAUUAGUUGAAAUCAUCUCACUCACAUGCGAAGUUGCAUUUUUCGCUACUUGUUUUGUGCUGUUGAAGAAAGAUUUUUCUGUGAGAACUGAGACUAAAUUUGGGAUUUUCAUGCUUGUGCUGUUUUUAGUAGGGUAUUGCUCACAGAUUGCUAAUGAAUGGUAUGCUUUAUAUGCACAAACAAAGCUUCUAGACCCUGAGGAGAAGUCAUUGUUUAGAGGUUUAAAAGUUGCUUCAAUUGGGUUUGUUUUGUAUUUCAUCCCUCAAAAAUGGAUAAAAAACUUGGAGAAGAAGUUACCGCAAAAUGGUCAUGCGAACAGCGAAACUCGAGACAAUGCUUUGAUUGCUGAAAGAUGUAUGCACUCCGGUAGUAGGAGUUCAGGUACACCUGAUAUACCAUGGUUGAAAAGAGUAAGGGAACUUGCAAAAGGUAGCUUUAGUAAGGACAGAAGUGGAGUUCAAAUUACUGAUCCUUCUACCAGUAGUACUACUAGAUGGAGUGGUUUUUGGGGAAACAAGAGAAGUGGUAGUUCUUCUUCUGAUUAUAAGCCAAAACCAAAAAAAGCCUUGGAUGAAGAUUUGGAAGCCAUUUUUGCUUCCAAGUCAUAAUACAAAAAAUAUAGUUAAGACUUUGUGGAUUUGCCAUCCAUAUAUACCUACCUGCAACCUUGUUUCUAGUGCUUAGAUAAUGUACAAUUUUUAUAUAGUUGAACCGGUUGAAUGUAAUAUUAUAAAACUCAGAUAAUUUAUUCACUCGAAUAAUGUAUCGAGUUGGGUUAUUAAUUCAA